AUGCAAGGACCUGGAAGCCCGCCCGCGUGCGAGAAAAAACAAAUAUUCUUAACUACAGCAGAUUCCGUGCACGGCUACUGGAAUGCUUCUGCAGAUGGCGAAGGCUGCUGCCAAAGCACGCAUGAACAGGAUGUGGCAAAAAGUUUCUUUGGCUUGAUAGAACUGGAGGGCUGGGAAGCUAAUGAUGACCCACGGGAGAAACACGCCAAACGUCGCAGCUGUAGAUUUUUAUCUCUUACUAAGCCGUUUGAUGAUCUGACAAUGGAUGAGUACUACAUGCUAAAGAUGACGCGGCUAAGAACCUUCCUGUGCAAAACCGGCAGAAGCGCAAUUGCCUUUGAAGAAGUAGUUGCUGCGACUAGGAAGCGUCUCGUAGAUAACUUUGUCUCCAAACAUCGAUAUACCCCACGGGCACCGGCACCCGUCGCAGCCGAUCAGACUUGCCAACCUUCCGAAAGCUCAUAG